UAAAAUGUUUCUAUAGCCAACCUUGUUUCCACGUAAACCAAAGUGGAAUAGACGUUGAAUUGACCUCUGUGACCUGUGGUAUUUGUCCGUGUAUGACUCUUUACGCAUUCACCUUAUGCGUAAAUGCCUUUUUUCUUCGUCAUUCAAUGGAUGACACUUCUGGGGUCAUCGUGUUAAUAGGCCUACCUUUCAGGUCUAAUAUAAAUUCAAAAAUAUGUUCGGCAAAACAAAUGAAAUCCCACCAGCUACCUUGGUCUUGUUUCAAUCGUGAAGUCGAUAAAAAUCUUACAGGCAACAGUGCUCCAGAUGUUUGCUUAUUUGUGUCUACAUUUAGCUAUAUUACGAAGACAGCCCAACGACAUAGACAGCAGUAGAUAUGUACAAGCUCGUAAUAUGCGCAAAGCGUCGCUGUUUACUAGCUAAACACAUUCGUUUGUAAUGCAGUGGUCGCCAUGACAGUUCGUCAUUACGAAGGCAGUGUAGCCUACUCCUGGUGCUGAAUCAGUCAAAAAAUAGAUUAUUCUGCUCUGUUCGCUCUUAAACGCUUAAGGCCUUGCGAUAUUGUAAUUGACCUAUAUUUUCUGCUGGUUGACAUUGUGUUUGAGAUGACUUUAUUGUAAACAGAGUUCACAAAGACAACAAUGGAGGCGCAUAGACGCGGACAGCCAUGGAGAAGGUAUGUCUCGGUUUUUCUUCUUUUCUCUGCUGCCCUGAACACCGUGUCUGCCGUUACCCAUUAUUCUAUUCCCGAAGAAAUGGAGGAAGGCUCCGUUGUUGCUAAUUUAGCUGCUGAUUUGGGACUCGAUGUAAACACUCUGAGUAAACGGGAGAUACGGUUAGAUGUUGUUGGAAAUAAGAAGUAUUUGCAGAUUAACAAAGACACGGGGGAACUGUACAUUUUAGAGAAGAUGGACAGAGAAUUGUUUUGCCCCAUCAAAACGGCCACUUGCUUCCUUAAAUUGGAUGUUACAAUUGAAAACCCAAUACGAAUGUUUAAUAUCGAACUAGAAAUCAUGGAUAUCAACGAUAAUGCACCUCAUUUUCGAAGGGAUAAAAUGUAUUUGGAUAUAUCCGAGUCAACUGCAAUAGGAGAACGCUUCUCUUUGAACAAUGCCAUAGACCCUGAUGUCGGAGACAAUUCUGUUAAAACCUACCACCUGAGCGAAAGUGAUCAUUUUACUAUAGAAAUUCAGACCGGGAGAGAUGGGUCAAAGUUUGCUGAUCUAAUUUUGCAGACAGCUUUAGACCGCGAGCAGCAGGAGGUUCAUCAUCUAAUACUCACCGCUGUAGACGGCGGAGUACAAGCGCGUUCGGGCACAGCCAACAUCAUUGUUCGAGUGUUGGAUACAAACGACAACGCCCCUAAAUUUGACAAAGAAAGCUACAAUAUAGAAAUAAUGGAAAACUCUCCAAUCGGAAGUCUUGUGGUGAAACUGAAUGCAACUGACUUAGAUGAGGGAACCAAUUCGAAAAUAGUAUAUUCAUAUAGUUUGUAUACAUCUGAAAAAACUCAAGAAACGUUCAGUUUAAACCCUAAUAAUGGUGAAAUUACAGUAAAAGAAAUGAUUAAUUAUGAAGAUUAUAGAAUUUAUGAUAUGGAGGUUAUAGCGACAGAUAAAGGAUCCAAUUAUUUAUCAGGUCAGUGUAAAAUAACUAUUCUAGUGACGGAUAUGAAUGACAAUCAUCCUGAAAUAUCAAUCAAAUCAUAUCAAAGUCCUAUAAAGGAGGAUACAGCAGUAGACACGGUGAUAGCAGUUGUCAGUGUCGGCGAUAAAGAUUCAGGUGAAAAUGGGAUUGUUAAUAUCCAUAUUGCUGAUGAAUUACCUUUUGCACUAAGAGAGUCUUCCGAUAACUAUUAUGAGUUAGUAGUGUCAGAACCUCUAGACCGUGAGAAGGUUCCAGAAUAUGACAUAACUUUUACCGUAACAGACAGGGGUUCCCCUCCGCUAUCUGACAACGAAACUAUGACUUUAGAACUACUAGACGUUAACGACAACGUUCCACAGUUCCCCCAGUCGUUCUACACUAUUCCCGUUAUGGAGAAUAACGCGCCUGGGGCCUUGCUAAGUUCCCUCACUGCGUUUGAUCCAGACCUCCAUGAAAACCAGUAUCUAGUUUAUUUCAUCAUAGAAAAGGAGAUAGUGAACACCUCCAUUUCCAUGCUGUUUUCCAUCAAUCCGGAGAACGGUAAUCUUUACGCACUGAAGACGUUUGACUAUGAGAUAGAGAAGGAGUUCCUUUUCCACAUUGAGGCCAGAGACUCUGGUGUUCCUCCGCUCAGCAGUAACGUGACUGUCCACAUCAUUAUUGUUGAUCAGAACGACAACUACCCGGUCAUAGUCUCACCGUGGCGCGUGCACGGCUCCGUGGUGGAGGAUAAGAUUCCCAGAUCCACCGAUAAAGGAUCCCUGGUCUCCAAGGUGAUAGCCAUAGACACGGACUCGGUCCAGAACUCUCGGAUUACAUACCAGUUUCUACAGGUUACUGACGCCACCUUAUUCAGUCUGGACCAAUACAAUGGAGAUAUCCGGACCAUGAGAAUGUUCAGUUACAGAGAUCCGCGUCAUCAACGGCUGGUUGUCAUCGCCAAGGACAACGGGGAACCUGCUCUCUCAGCUACAGUUACCAUCAAGCUGUCAACAGUGGAGCCUGCCGUUAAAGCCUACUCUGACAUGACUGAAGUGCCUCUAGAAUAUGACAUAUUUUCAGACUUAAACCUGUAUUUGGUGAUCGGCUUGGGCUCGGUGUCCUUUCUGUUAUUGAUCACCGUAUUGGUCACCUGUGUGCUGAAGUGUCAGAAACCGAUGCCCAGCAAAGCGGCUCCUCCCAGUAGGAACAGCGUGAUCAGCGAGAGGAACUCGACCAUCGCAGAUUCCACCCUGGUCUCCAACGAUGCCUACUGGUACAGUAUGUUUCUAGCAGAGACCAGGAAAGGAAAGCUGGUAGUCAGACAGCCUGUGCCAAAGGCGGGCUCCAGAUACAUUGUGUCCAGUUUACCAAGGAGCACGGGCCUGACAGAGACCAGCGACUCAGCAGCCUCUACUCUGCAGUACCCUAAAUGAGGGAAGUCCACUGUGCAGCUGGAGGGGUCCACCACCACCGGCAGCGGCAGCAGUUCCUCAUAAGGCCCCAUCCCCAUUGGUCCACCAGAGUUACAUCAGAAGGAACCCCGCGUCCACUGAUGAAAGGAACCCCCGUCCUUACCCUACUCAGCCCCCUCCCCUAAGCGACCAGGCCCCCAGUGACAUUUCACCUACACCCCCUUGGCCAAACAAUGACUGUCAUCCCAAGGACCUAAAGGACACUCUGAUGGUCCCUUGCCCCCCUAUCCCCCAGCCAUGACCCAAUCUCUCUAUAAGCACACACUAGCCCCAAUCAACUUCAACGUCCAUUCAACACGCAUGGUUCUGCAUGGCUAUGGCCCAUCACUGAGGGCCCCUCACGUUUCAACUAACCACAGUGAAGAGAACAUACACUAGAGAGACAGAAUGCAGGAGUUAAAACAGCCACUAUGAAUAUACAGAGACAGACAUAGGAAUGUGGAAUUGCCUUCAAAGACUGUACCCCCUUUCCAAAAGGAAAGACCUUGGAUGUUAGGUUUUUACUGAAGUAUUUGUUCUUGUUCGGUCAGAGCACACGUGUGGAAAUGUAGAAUCAAACAAACCAAUAUAUCCUAAAAAGGAAUUUAGAAUAAUUUCAUCUAUCCAUUUAUCAAACAACAAAGAGUGAGCCCUUCUUUAUCAAUACUGUAUAUGAACGUAUAUGAGCCCUUUCCUUCAUGUGCAUGGAGAUUUCAAUGUAACUGCUUUGUUAGGAAAUGUGUUAGAUGUGGUCUGGGAUAUUUUAAGUGACUCACAGUGUCUACCAAGGUCUCACUCUACCAUCACUGUUUAUUCCGUUAUUUAUUUUUCACUUUUCAUAACAAGAGUGUCAUUACAAAGAAUACUGUUAGCCUAUAUGAUGAAGUCACAAUUAUGACACCUCUCUGAUGAAGGUGCAAUGACAAAGACACCCUUCUGACAUCAAAGACUGCUGGUCUGGAGGAGGGGUCAGAGGUCAUCGGCCUGUGCUCUCUCCCUGCACAGCUCCUCUCACCCUCCUCCUCCACUCCAGAGCAGAGCAAACUGCACAUAGUUCCCUCCUAAAAACAUCCAUGGUCUACCCCUAUGUGAGGUUGGGGGAUGUCUGGGCUUUGCCAGUGAGGGGAAGUAUUGGAAGGAUCUGGUAUCAUUUUGAAUUAGGCCCUAUGGCAAAUACAGUUUCAUCCAAAUAUAAUAUGUCCAUUUUAUAUAUUGUUUCACUGCCUUAUACGUUCGCUUUAAACCUUUAUCAGUGAAUAAGUUCAUUUUAAUCACUUAAAUGAAUGGCUGUGUUAUUUUAUGUGUAAUGCUGGAUAUAUUUAAUCCCAAUGCUUUAGUAUUGAAGUAAACAAAGAAAACAAUACACUGGCCAAAUUCAUCUGUUUUUAAAGUUUACAUUUCUUUAUUUUUUAAACUAUGUACAAAAUGUGACUGCUAAACAAAAUGAAACUCCUAUAUGUAUUUCAAAUAUUACUACAGUAACUACUAUUCCUGCUUUUAGUUCUGAUCAAGGCAAGUAUAUACGUGCUUUAUGUAGCCUAUAGUAUCUAUUGAUGGUGCAAUAUGUAGUCAGUCUUUAUGUAUUGUACUGCAUGCCAUGUUGAUCUGAUCUAUAAGACUAUUACAUUCAUGAUGAAUUA